CUCCGGCCAGUAGUUGGCGGUGGGAUUAUUCUGCCUGUCCGCUGCCUACCCUUUUAUUCACUUUUCAACGCUGUGAUAGAGCUUAUUUAAAUACAGUUUAUUAAAGAUUUAAACCUCUACAUUAUCAGUUCUGCGGGCUUUAUGAGGAGAUAUUCAGUGUUAUUUGAGUGACUGAAGGAUUUGUGAGCGGCGUGCUUGGCGCUGGGCUGUGAAGGAGACUGGAACUGGAGCUGAGGUGAUGCAGAGUCUGUCAGUGCAGGCGCUGACCCUGCGGCAGCUGGGACGCCUUAACUCCCUCCAGCUGUUGUCGCCGUGGGGCCCACGGACAUUACACGCCCGCCAGCUGUGGGGAACGGUGGACUCGUUGGCCCAGCGCUCGGCACCGCUGACCAAGCCCUGGGUCAGCCCACAGGCUUGGACGUUCCAGCAGACGCGGCUCAAAGGCUCCAGAAAGAAAGGUCGAUUCAAUCAGGUGCCAGAGGAAGAGGAGGAUGAAGAUGACAAGGACAAAGAGGACAGUGACUACGAAGAUGAACUGCAGGAUGACCCUGGACUGCCUAAAGACUACAAAGACCAUGAGAAAGUAGUUCAGUCCUUCCGGUUUGACCUUAUUAUGAAGGCUGGGCUUGACAUAUCUAGACAUAAGAUUGAAGACGCUUUCUAUGACAACAAGCUGAGGUUGAACGGACAGAAGCUCAUAAAGAAGAAUAGAACUGUAAAAGUGGGAGAUACACUGGACCUGAUCAUGGAAGAGGAUAAAGAGCAGGACACAGUCCUACUGAAGAGAACUAUUCUGAAGAAAAUUCUGGGAGAAACUAAAGACGGGGACAAACAGAGGAUUAUAAUGAGAAGCUGGAAGCACCUUCAGCUUCCCAGACAGGACUUCAAGAAGUCGGAAUAAAGACAAGUGAACUGGA